CCUAAAUCCGAAAAAUUGACUGCUUCUAUUCCUUCCUUGCGCUUCAGGAUCGCUUUUAUAAAACUUAUUAGUGUGAUAACUUCUUUCUCUUUUAUAAUAAAAAUUGAAGGUUAAUUUAUUGGUAUCUUCUUCUCCAAUGGACUCUCGAAGUGGUGUGGCUGAGGAAAAUACUGUUUCAAGUAAAGGGAUUCGAAAGAAGGUGAAGAACUCUGAGUCAGUAGCGUUACAGAGAUACAAGAUUGAUACUUACAACUUAGUGGAUCUUGAUAAGGUUUUGAAUGAUGUCUACUGCUCUUGUCGACCUGUUUCUGCUGACUACGAAGCUAGGAAAGAUACUUUGAAACACAUCAACGCAUUGGCUUUUGAUAUCUAUGGAGAUUCCAAGGGUGGCAGGCCGGUCCUCAAGGCGUAUGGGUCUUUUGCGAUGGAUAUGUUUUUCGCGCGGAGUGAUUUAGAUGUGUCUAUUAACUUUGGUGAUGGAGUAUCUGAGCUUCCUCGUGAUUCGAAGCUCCAAAUCCUUGAAAGAUUUGGGGAAAAGCUCCGCUCUUUGCAGGGUAAGUAUUUGGAUGUUAUCAUGUACUAUUGGCAGAGUAUUUGGAUGAAUGUGAAACUGCAUUUUGUAGGAGAAGGGCAUGUUAGGAAUGUUGUAUCCAUCUUGAGUGCUAGGGUGCCAAUUGUCAGGUUCCUUGAUCAAAGGACUUCUGUUGAAUGUGAUUUGGCUGUUGAUAGCAAAGAAAGCGUAUUGAAUUCACGGAUCAUUCAGAUUAUAUCUCAGAUUGAUGACAGGUUUCAGAAACUUUGUCUGUUGAUUAAGCAUUGGGCCAAAGCACACGAUGUUAACAGUGCGUUACGCAACACUCUGAAUUCUAUAUCUAUAACGUUGCUAGUCGCUCAUCAUUUACAGACUCAAGAUCCUCCCAUUCUACCUCCAUUCUCUCUACUAUUUAAAGAUGGAGUUGAUCCUCCCAAUGUUGAGAAAAGGACGCAGGAGUUCUUGAACAGGGAGAAGCGAAAUAAAGAAUCUUUGGGUAGACUCUUUGUAACGUUUUUUGUCAAGCUGCAAUCUGUAGAGUUCCUAUGGAGACAAGGACUCUGCGUCAGUUUGCGGAGUGGUCUUUGGAUAUCCAAAAGGUGGAGAAGAGCUGGUGUCGGGAUUAAUGUUGAGGAUUUUUUGGACGUGUCUCAAAAUGUUGCAAGGGUGGUUAAUGACAGAGGAGCUAAAAAGAUUUACAGUUCUAUAAAUCAAACUGUCGAGGAACUUUUUGAAUUUCUUAAUGGCAAGAUCGAUGGAGCACAUCUCAAAGACAAGUUGUUUGUCCCCCAACCCCUUGUGGAGCCUCCUCCUCCUCCUCCUGUGCCGCAAGUCGAAGUUUACCAUCAACCACCUCAUCACAACUACAGAUGUGAUGAGUUUAAGGGUCAUCACAACAAAAGGCCUCGUUUUGGAAAUGGUGAUCAUAUCACCGUUCGCCAUAGGCAUGGUGGUGAAGAACCAAUCCAUGCAGCAGAUGACGACAGUCAUGCAAUUGAUCUGCCACCGCCACCACCACCUUUUGGCAGAGUUUAUAGAAUUUAUUGUGAUAAAUUCGGUCCUCAAAACCUCCCCUGACCUUUUUUCUUGCUCAUUCACCAACCAUUUUUGAAAGAUGAAUAUAAUUUCAUGUUAUAGA